CCAGACGCUCGCCACCCACAGCGCGCCGAGGUCUCCCGGCAAGCCUCUUCCUGUCUGAUGCAGGCGGCGGAGGGCGCGCUCUCCUCCUCCGAGGAAGGCAGCUCGCUCGACGAGCCCACCUGGGUGUCCUGGUUUUGCAUGCUGCGGAACCACGAGUUCUUCUGCGAGGUGGACCCCUCCUUCGUACAAGACCGCUUCAACCUCUAUGGGCUCAAAGAGCUGGUCGGUCCGUUGUAUGGGGAGGCGAUGACGAUGAUCCUGGGCUACGCGCCUACAGAGAAGCAGCUGGCGGACCCAACGCAGAGGGUGCACAAGGUGCUUGACACGGCGCGCAUACUAUACGGGCUGAUCCACGCGCGCUAUAUCUUGACGGCGCAGGGGCUGAGCGACAUGAAAGCAAAGUACAAGGCGCACGAGUUUGGCGCCUGCCCGCGGACGCUGUGCGACAAGCAGGUGGUGCUGCCGGUCGGGCUGAGCGACACGCACUCGACGUCCAACGAGAACCCGCUCAAGCUCUUCUGCCCGCGCUGCCAGGAGCUGUACGAUCACAACGUGCCGGGCGGCAACUACAUCGACGGCGCCUUCUUCGGGUCGACAUACCCGCACCUGUUCCUGCAGACCUUCCGCGAGGUCCGGCCCCCGCCGCCGACGCAGAGGUACGUGCCGCGCGUGUUUGGCUUCAAAAUAGCCAAGGUCGAGGAGCAGGCGCUCCAAAACACCGCGCGAGAGGAGUGGCCCAAGCGGCUGAAAAACGAGCCGGUCAGCGACUGGGACUCCUGACGCGUGUGCGGGCUCUUUCGGCCCUGUCCAGUUUUCGUGCUCCCCCCCCUCGCCCCCCCCGAAUCGACUGCACCCCCCGAGAUGGUGGGUGCAGGCGCGGCUUGUCGGUGUCGCAAGAGAGCGGCGUGAGACGUUGGAGUUGGUAGUCGUCGGAGGCACCCUGCAUCAAAUGGUAUUCGAUCUC